ACGCAUGCGCACAAGACUUCAAUUAGCGUCACUUACAUUCCAUGACCACACUACCGGUUUUCUGUGUGCAAGUUGACAGUGAAGGCUGGUACCUGUUGUGGACUAAGCAAGGACAAAACGCGGCAUAGGAGACUGUGUAUAGGUAAUCAACACACAGCGUUCGGUAUACACGAGGUUCGGCCAAGACGCGCAGCCGGACAAAGACCGUUAUUUUGCCCGCACAUAGCUACAUCGGGACCGAGCGGUAGAUACACGAUGCCGUGCAGAACAGUGACAGUGGUCGCAGGGCUCGCCCUAUUUUCUCUCUCUACCGUGCUGGCUACGCCGGUAUCCAAGCCCUUGGCCUUUUUGCAUCACUCCAAUCAGGCCAUGUCCAACUUCCUGGACCGUAUAGCGGCAACGUGCCCCGACAUCACCAGAGUGUACACAAUUGGCUAUUCCGUCAAGAAUCAACCGCUCAAGGUAAUAGAGCUAUCCGACAACCCAGGCAUGCACGAACCCGGAGAACCGGAGUUCAAGUACGUAGCCAACAUGCACGGGAAUGAAGUCACUGGCAGAGAAACGCUCCUUCAUCUAAUCUAUGCUCUGUGUGUUGAAUACGGCAGCAAUGACAGGAUAACUAGACUGGUGGACAAUACUAGGAUUCACAUCCUGCCGUGCAUGAACCCCGAUGGCUACAACAAGGCACAUGUGGGCGAUGUUCAGGGGACCAAGGGUCGAGUAAACGAACACGGGAUGGACCUGAAUCGGAACUUUCUGGACCGAUUUCCAGGUCGUACCCAGCCGCACCGCGAGCCCGAAACUCUCGCCGUCAUGAACUGGAUUCACGAAUACCCGUUUGUCCUCUCUGCCAACCUCCACAAUGGGGCUCUAGUGGCUAACUACCCGUAUGACAACAGUCCCGCUGGACACCACAUGUACACCUACAGUCCCGAUGACGACAUCUUUCGGCAACUUGCACUGGCGUACUCUGAGGCCCACCCCACCAUGCACCUCGGCAAGCCCUGUCCAGGAGACAAGUCUGGUUUCAAAGACGGUAUCACCAACGGUGCGGAUUGGUACAGCGUUGAUGGCGGCAUGCAAGACUACAACUACCUAAACUCCAACUGUUUCGAGAUCACGAUCGAGCAGGGUUGCACCAAGUUUCCUCACGCUGUGGAACUGGAAAAUAUAUGGCGUAGCAACAGGGGGGCGCUGCUUACUUUCAUCGAGGAGGUGCACAAAGGGGUUAAGGGGUUUGUGGUUGAUUCCGAUGGGGCUGGUAUCCACAAUGCCACGAUUGAUGUGUCUGGUCGUGAACACAGUGUUCGCUCGGCAGCCGACGGCGAUUUCUGGCGCCUGCUUGUUCCCGGUGAGUACACUCUCUCCGUGUCGGCCAAGGGGUACCACGACGCCAAGAUCGACAUUUCAGUUGGGAGUGGAGCUGCGACAGAAGUGCAAGUAAUUCUCGUCCGCAGAAAUAGUGACACUGCAACAGACAACGGUGUUAUUGACAUUAGUGCUAGCAGUGAAGACGAUAAGGAAGGAAAUCUCUCUGAAACACCAACAGAUGAAGAUACAAACACGGCAGCCAGCGAUGACAAGCCAGAGGAAAACACCAACGAAUCUACAGCAACAACAACAACAAAUACAACGUCAUCUGCAACUACAACAACAACAACAACAACGGAAGAUUCAACGGUCGAAAACUCUUCUGGAUCUGGUGCUGCCGACAUGUCUGAAUCUAGCAGUGAUUCCAAUUCGACAGAAAACGACAUUGCUACUGCACAGAACGAGCCUGAAGGAAACUCACCCACUCACCGCAAAAGAAAACCACCAAUUGUGGCUGGAAUGACGAUGCUGGUCGUCAUAGUGCUCCUCGUGAUCGCCAUCUUCACCCUGUCGAUCUUGAUUGCCUACCAUGCUCGCGCCGGGCGCAACUCGCGCAACGGCUACCGGAAGGUCUCCGUGGAGGAUGACGCAGACAGCACUGUCAGUCCGUUCAGCAACAGCAACGAGAACAACAACACACUCGAGAGAGAGAAGAAAUACUCGCUGGCCUAUCAGACCCAGCACCGACUGCUAAGCGACGACGAAGAACAGGUAGUUUACUCAAGACCAGCGAUACUCCAAGACUCAGCUUGAAGCCCUUUCCGCUCCACCCCAGCACAACGAAAACGAAACACUCCAAUUCUCAUGAUUUUCAUGCUUUUUUGAUCCUUUUCACACGUACUCUUGUGUAUAGUAGGUACUUGGGAGUAUGUGGUUGUAAUUCCACGGUUAAUGAUUCAAAUUAUUGUUUUCUGAAUGAUUUGUCAGAGUGCCAAAUACACUCUUAGUGCAACUAGACAAAUACACCACAUUUUU